CAGAAUUCGCUAUGUUUACGUGACUGCAUUGUUUCAAGUUCUUGAAGGACUAAAUUCUGAAAAUACUAAAUAAAAAGGACUAGUUCUGUGAACAUAAUUUGUAUUUCGUACUGGGCAAAUAUCAGAAUAUUCACGUAGUCAACAAAAAAUUAAAAAAAAAUAUAUCAAUUAACUUGUUGUUUUGUAAAUUAAAAAAAAACUAAACUAUGUGUUCUCCAUAUCAGCAUACUAAAUUAAUUUCAGUCAUUGUAUAAAGUGUGAUCAAUCAAUUAACAAUUUUGUAAUAUAAAUUUUUCAAUUCAAUCGAUGAACAACAAUUUAACUGUAAUUAUUGAAUCCAAGGCAGUUGAAUUCAAUGGAGAUUGUCUCUGAUCAUCAUACCCUAUACAAAUCACUCAAAGAGGCCUCAAAGUUUGUCACCGACAUCCAGGUAUCAUCCUUGUUAGAAAUACAUCCGCACAAAGUCAUAAUGAAGAUCAAGACUUCCUGUAGUAGCAUGUCCAAGGAACAGCUGGCUAAAUUAAGUGUUAAUCUUCUAAAUUGUCAAUCCGAGAAUGAAGGAAGAAGAACUUUUCCUUGCACAGAUGGAAUGACAAUCAAAGAAUGUACUUCUGAAAUGAAUGCUGUUACAUGGAAUGCCUAUCAUUUAAUGAGUAACAGAGCAAGAACAAUAUGUUAAUCAUCAAGAAGUAACCAGUUUCGAGCAGUAACAGAAAUAACAGUUAAUAGAUAAUUUUUAGGAAAGUCAAGAUCAUCUUGAAGAUUUAACUAAAGAAAAAAUUAUUGAAUUUAUCGUAUCUUUGAAUCGGGACUAAUUGGUCAAAAAUUUAGAAAAAGCGAAUCAAGACUUGAAG